UUGGUGUUUGCUCAGUGACGCGCUCACUCGGUGUGUGUUUGCCAAAGAGAGGACACUCCCAAGAGUUUUCACCGCUUUACCUGUCAAACUCCACAUUGCACAGUGGAUAACUUUUUUGCUUCUUUUGUUAUUUUUAACGUGUCUUCACAUAGCUAUGAAGCAACCGGCGUGGAGAAGACGCUGGCAAUCCCAUUUCGCUCUCGUUGUUCCAGCGGCGUAUUUAAAGUGAACAAUUUUCAUCUCGCAACGCAUUUUUGUUGUUCAUUACUCAGCAACGGAUAUCGCUCCAUAAUCCCAUCUUUUUUUUCCUCUUUCUUUUUUGGUUUCGAAUUGACUUUUUUACCUCGCACCUUCUGCUGGAUUUCUUAAGGUGGCGAGCUGAAGUUGGAGGUGGGGGGCGACCACUUUGAAGGUGGUCCUCUCUGGAGACAAAAAAAAAAAAAAAAAAUGGAGGCUGUUAUCGAAAAGGACUGCAGUGCGCUUGGUGGACUCUUCCAAACUCUCAUCGGAGACAUGAAGAGCAGCUACCCGGUUUGGGAGGACUUCAUCACCAAGGCUGGCAAACUGCAGUCACAGCUCAGAGCCACGGUGGCCGCCUUGGCUGCCUUCUUGGAUGCCUUUCAGAGAGUGGCUGACUUGGCAACCAACUCCAGAGGAGGCACCAGAGACAUCGGAUCAGCUUUGACCAGGAUGUGCAUGAGACAUCGCAGCAUUGAAGCUAAAUUCAAACAGUUCUCCAUGACCUUCCUGGAGGCUCUGAUCAACCCCCUACAAGAUCAGAUGGAGGAGUGGAAAAGGGGUGUCUACACGUUGGAUAAAGACCACGCCAAAGAAUAUAAGCGAGCUCGACAGGAGAUCAAGAAAAAGUCAUCAGACACACUGAAACUUCAGAAGAAAGCAAAGAAAGCAGCAGAUACUUUGGGUCGUGGCGACAUCCUGCCCCAGUUGGACUGCGCGAUGCAGGAUGUCAGUGACAAAUACAUUCUUCUGGAAGAAAUUGAGAAGGAAGCCCUUAGGAAAGCACUGAUAGAGGAAAGACAAAGAUUCUGCUCUUUCGUAGCCAUGCUACGGCCUGUCGUGGAUGAGGAGAUUUCAAUGUUGGCAGAAGUCACCCAUCUCCAGGCCAUCUCUGAUGACCUCAAGUCACUGACCUCGGAUCCCCAAAAACUCCCCCCUGCCAGUGAACAAGUGAUCUUGGAUCUGAAAGGUUCUGACUAUAGUUGGUCAUACCAAACUCCGCCCUCUUCCCCCAGCACCACCACAUCCAGGAAGUCCAGCAUGUGCAGUAGUCUGAACAGUGUUAACAGUAGCGACUCCAGAGGAUCAAGUGGCUCUCACUCUCACUCUCAUUCUCCUUCCUCCUCUUCUUCCUCCUCUUCCUCUCACCACCUCUUCCACCACCACCAACCUCGCCAACGGUACCGCAGCUCCACGCCGUCCCAGCAGGCCCCGGCUCGCCUCUCCAGCAUCUCCUCCCACGACUCCGGGUUCAUCUCUUCAUCCCAUGACCAGUACGCGUCCUCCAAGCCGUCGUCACCGAUGCCGGCUAAAAGCAAGCCGUGCGGCAGUUCCAGCUCCUCUGACGUGUCAGAGUCAGGCCACCUUCACAGUGACACGGCUUCUGCAGCAGCAGCAGCUGCUGCCCCCCCUCCGCACACCGUUGCCAAGCUGUCCAACGGCUUUGACCACCACAGCCCAGCCAACUCCCCCACUAAUGGCGGGAGUUUGAGCUCGGGCUCCAGCACAGCUUUCCCCUUCUUCCCUCCGUCCUCCACUCCCUCGUCCUGCCCAACACGGCCGUGGCCGCGUCCCGCCUCAGCGCUGCUUCCGGACUGCCCGAUGGGCUCGCUCAUGGUGCCGUCCUCUCGUGUUCCCAGCUGGAAGGACUGGGCAAAACCAGGGCCAUACGACCAGCCCAUGGUCAAUACGUUGAGAAAGAAGAAGGACAAGGGCCCACCAGCUCCACUGGACAUUAACGGUGUCACAGGCAGGGAGAGCGGCGCACCCCAAAACCUUCCGACCACGACUCCGGCUCUAUCUGAAAUGCACUCUCCUCAAAAAGUAUCAGUGGAAGAAAAGAACAGGACGGUACAGAUCAAGCCAGGAGAGUUUGAGGCCCACGACGAGCUGGCUCUGGCCUUAUCAAGAGGCCUGGAACUUGACGGCCCGAGGUCCAGUCGGGACUCGGUGCAGUGCUCCAGCGGAUACAACACUCAGACCAACACGCCCUGCUGCUCCGAGGACACGAUACCUUCACAAGUGUCAGAUUACGACUAUUUCUCAAUGGCCGGGGAACAAGAUCCCGAGCAGCAGCAGUCCGAAUUCGACAAGUCGUCCACCAUCCCGAGAAACAGUGACAUUGGCCAGUCCUACCGCCGCAUGUUUCAGACCAAGCGGCCCGCCUCCACUGCCGGCCUGCCCAGCACUCAGGCUCCUCACCCGGCGCAGGGGGGGUACCCCAAUGGUGGAACCUGCCCCUCAACACCCACACAUGCAUCUACUGGGCCUCCGACAGGUAGUUCAAAUCACGGAUUUUAUCCUGGAUCCCACAAUGUCCCCGGUUCCUAUUCUACAGGCCACGGUCCAGUUAUUGUCACCCCGGGCGUUGCCACCAUCCGCCGCACCCCUUCCUCGAAACCCUCCGCCCGCCGCUCAGGCUCGGUCGUAGGCACCGGUCCCAUUCCUAUUCGCACGCCAGUCGUCCCGGUGAAAAUCCCAACCGUUCCCGACAUGCCGGGUGUGGCAAAUGGGAGCAAGGCCGUGAAAGAGACAGGAGGGAGUCCAGAUUCUCCCACGUUUCCCCGGGGCGACAGCGCCCAAGUGCUGCCCGUGGCGUCUUGGAGCGGUCGGGCUUCGACCAAUCCUCCCACCGUCCCGCUGGCCAACCGGCUGGCCCAGCGGCACCCUCACAGCGAGCCGGGAGGAGAAGAGCCAGAUGGCGACGUGUUGGUGGCAAUCCGCAACGGCGUCAAGCUCAAGAGGACGCUCACGAAUGACCGCUCAGCGCCUCGCAUCGCGUGAGCGCGACCACGCAAAAACGUUGAGAGUGUUUGAGUGACAAAAGAUAUUAUUCAAGCCAUUUCCUCUUCAUCAACAAGCACAUUUCAGUAUCGGAUGUGAGCCAAGCAUCAUUUUGUCUUGUCUGUGAUGGCGCAAAAAUGAUAGACGAUGCAAACAUGCAGAAUACUUCUGGUAACGUGCCAUGAUUCAAUCCAAAAUGGCUUUUUUUUCUGAAUUAACUCAAUUGCUGCGUAAUUUCAUCCAUCCGUCCAUUUUCUUUGCCGCUUAUCCUCACAAGGAUUGCGGGGAGUGCCGGAGCCUAUCCCAGCUGUCAACGGGCAGGACGCGGGGGACUCCCUGUACAGGUCGACAGCCAAUCGCAGGGCACAUAGAGACAAACAGCCGCACUCACAAACACACCUAAGAGCAAUUUAGAGUGUCCAAUUAAUGUGCCCAGAGAAAACCCACGCAGGCACGGGGAGAAGACGCAAAGUCCACAUAGGCGGGGCCGGGAUCGAACCCGGGUCCUCGGAACUUUGAGGCCAGCGCUUUACCUGCUGAGCCAGGGUGGGCUUUAUUCUGAAUUAGCUCAAUUGCUGGGUCAUUUCAUCCAUCCAUCCAUCCAUCCAUUUUCUUUCCUGCUUAUCCUCACGAGGGUCGCAGGGAGUCCUCCUGGAGCCAAUCCCAGCUGUCAACGGGGAGGAGGCGGGGUACACCCUGAACUGGUUGCCAGCCAAUCGCAGGGCACUCACAAUCAUACCUAGGGGCAGAAUUUAGAGUGUCCAAUUAAUGUUGCAUGUUUUGGGGAUGUGGGAGUGCCCGGAGGAAAGCCGCGCAGGCACGAGGAGGACACGCAAACUCCACACAGGCCGGGCCGGGAUCGAACCCGGGUCCUCAAAACUGUGAGGCCAGCGCUUUGCCGGCUGACGCACCGUGCCGCCGGGUAAUUUCAGAAGUGAAUAAAAAAUAAGACCAUGUCAUCGUGUAGAAUAAACUUGAGUGUACACGUGAGACCCGAUUUGAAGAUUGGGAAACGAGGCAAGAGACGGACGGAGUGCAAUAUCGAGGGGAGGCUGCCGUUUACCGAAUUUGAGGACAUUCAAGCAGCUGCACGCCGACGUUUUGCGGUGAAAACUCUCCUCCGCAGCUCCGAUGUGACCCGAGUCCUCAUCUGAAGUGGACAUCAAGUUGAGCCUGAUUGUCUCAGUAAAGUUGGAGUAACUUGCUCAUUUUUUUUUUUUUUAUACCGAUGAACAAGAAUUUCUCUUACCAGAAGUAUAAAUUGUUGACGUAAAUCCACACUGCCAAAAAGCCCGUUUUUGCUUUUCACACUUAACGUUUAUGUAUGUCGUCAUGUUCUUCCACACUGCCUGAAGCUUUUCGCACGAUCCCUCUCAACGGGAUACGUAGCAGCAGCGUCGUUUUUAAUGUUAUACACCAUUUAUUAGCUGCACUGCC